AUGAACAUCUCAGCUCUUGGAGGAAGCAGCAAAGGGAAGCCUCUCCCAGCAGGCGAGGAAGAGCGCAAUACUGUCCUCAAGCAGAUGAAGGUUCGCACCACGCUGAAGGGGGACAAGAGCUGGAUCACCAAACAGGAUGAAUCGGAGGGCCGCACCCUUGAGCUGCCCUCCAGCUGGACUCGUGCCACCUCGCCUUCAUCAGCUGGGGAGGUCCCGAAGGCCAGCAGGCCCCUGAGCACGAGGGCUCCCACGGGCUAUAUCAUCCGCGGAGUAUUCACCAAGCCUGUGGACAGCUCGUCCCAGCCUCACCAGCACUUCCCCAAGGCCAAUGGAGCCCCCAAAAGCAUGGCCAGUCUGGGGAAAGCAGCUCCCACUGGCCCUCCCCGCCCCUCCUCCUCUGGCUACAAGAUGACCACAGAGGAUUACAAGAAGCUGGCCCCCUACAACAUCAGGUGCAGCUCAGCAUCAAGAGCUGCUGAAGAGGAGGAGGUACGCUUCUCUUCUGAUGAGCAGAAACGGAGGUCCGAGGCUGCCAGCAGUGUGGUGAGGAAGACAGCUCCCCGGGAGCACUCCUACGUCCUGUCAGCGGCCAAGAAGAACGCUGGCAGCCCUGCCCAGGAGACACUGGCCCCGUUCAUUGCCAAGAGGGUGGAUGAGGAUGGGUCUUCUGAGAAAAGCCAGGACCCACCUGCUCUGGCGAGAUUCCCUGCUGGCUCAAGCAGUGCAAGAGGUGAGGAGACUGUCCGCCUGCAGAUCACAACACUCGGAGCAGGACUCCACCUGGUGGCCCCACACCUGGAAGGAAUGAGGUCUUCCUCAGGUUCCAAAGACAAAGAGGUCCCUCACCCCAGAGAGCCCAAGAGAAACUUGACUGGUGAAGGAGCCUUCAGGAGCCCUGAUGCAGACUCUGAAAGAUCAAUUGCACAGUCAAGUGAUGGCAACAUGGGAUCGGAAGCCAUGGGCGCCCCAGAUGAAGACUUGGUUGGAGCAGACGUCAGCUCUGGGAGAGGAAGGCCGUGCUCACCUGCUGGCUUCACCCCUCUCCUGGAUGAUCAGGAGGUGCCCAGUGCCGACUUACAACCUUGCAAGCCUGCACCAGCAACCACCAGCUCUGAUGCCAUUUCAGCCUCUGCUAUCCUAGCCAACAGGAAGAGCAACAGCCUGGCAGACCUGGAGGAUACGGAGACAAAUCCAAAGGGCACCUUGGUUGUUUUUGAGGAGAAGAAUGUGGUUACCAAGGUGGGAGAGGCGUGGCAGGGGAGGCCCCGAGUCCUGCAAGAUGAUCAAGGAGACGCAGCUGUGCCCACCCAGCAGUGCACAGACCCCAGCACCUCAGAGCAGAGCAGCCCCAGAAAUCCUGAGCAGCGCCUGGAAGUGGACAGCCUGGUCAACAGCACCUUGGUUGUUUUUGAGAAGAAUGUGGUCACCAAGGUGGGAGAGGCGUGGCAGGGGAGCCCUGGAGUCCUGCAAGAUGAUCAAGGAGACGCAGCUGUACCCACCCAGCAGUGCACAGACCCCAGCACCUCAGAGCAGAGCAGCCCCAGAAAUCCUGAGCAGUGCCUGGAAGUGGACAGCCCGACCAACAGGAUGAGAAACUCCUCGAGCUGUAUGGUCUCUGUUCCCAGCCCUGCCCCUCCUGAGCAGCAUCCUUUUCACAUGCCAGCCUCCCCAAGUGAACUGGAGCCCAACUCAACCAGCAAAGGGAUUCUCUUUGUGAAGGAGUAUGUGAAUGCUGGUGAGGUAUCUUCCAGGAAGCCACUGUCUUCAUUCUAUGGCCCCAUUGGCAGCAAUGAGGACUCAUGCAACAUGGAGGAGAAACUCCCAUAUGAUGGUACUCCAUACUCUGAGAGAACAAGUGGAGGGAUCUGUACAUACUGCAACCGGGAGAUCCGAGACUGUCCAAAGAUUACCCUAGAACACCUUGGCAUCUGCUGCCAUGACUAUUGCUUUAAGUGUGGGAUUUGCAGUAAACCAAUGGGUGAGCUUCUGGAUCAGAUCUUCAUUCACCGUGAUACCAUCCACUGUGAGAAAUGCUAUGAGAAGCUGUUCUAG